AUGGACGCUCGCAUCGACCCCGUCUCAGCCUUUGGCAUCUCCCUCGGCGACGCCCACGUUGUUCGCAACGCCGGAGGUAGCGGGAAAGAGGCCCUGCGAAGCAUCAUCAUCUCGCAGCAGCUGCUCGGCACUCAGGAAAUCAUCCUGGUCAAGCACACUGGCUGCGGCAUGCUGACAUUCGCCAAUGAGGACGCGCAUGCCUUAGUCGCUGAGAGGCUCGGCGCCACUGCCGCCGCCGAAAUCGCCACGCUCGACUUCUUGCCCUUUUCAAGUGUGGACGACGCGGUGAAAGAGGACAUUGGAUUCCUCAAGAGGCAGUCGGCUGUCCCGAAGGAUGUGACCAUCACAGGAUGGGUGUAUGAGGUCGAGACAGGCAAGGUCAGACAAGUUGUCUAA